AUGAUGUUGCGUUAUUCUUCAUUUAAAAUCGCUUUGAUUGCAAUCAGUAGCGUUGUUGUGAUUUUCCUCGGUGCCAUUGGUGUCCAAUGCCAGCUCUUGAAUCAUCAUCAGUUUCAUUCAUCAUCAUCAUUAGGCACAGUGAAUUUUCAAGUCAACAUGUUGACCAAUCCGAUGCCCUUCAAACAUUAUUGGAAACGAUCGGUAGGAUCCUGUCAUGCUACCUUUUGUUUACGGGCUGAUUGGAGAGAACAAUUAAAAAUUGCCCAAAAAGAAUUGGGGUUUUAUGGAAUUCGCUUUCAUGGUAUUUUAGAUGAUGAUAUGAGUGUGGUGCUACCUAAACGACAUGAUCCAAAUACUUUAAUUUAUUCAUUUUAUAAUGUUGACACUUGUUAUGAUUUUCUUGUAAAGGAAAUGAAAAUGAAACCAAUUGUAGAAUUGAGUUUCAUGCCACAAUUAUUAGCAAGUGAUCCAAGUAAAACUAUCUUUCACUACAAUGGUGGAAUUUCACCUCCAAAGAGCAUGAAACAAUGGAAUGAUUUAAUUUAUAAUUUUGUUUCACAUUUGGUACAACGAUAUGGUAUUGAUGAAGUAUCGACAUGGCAUUUUGAGGUCUGGAAUGAACCUAAUUUGAGAAAUACAUUCUGGACUGGAACUCAACAAGAUUACUUUAAUUUGUACAACAACACUGCACAUACCAUCAAGUCUGUGAGUCAACGAUUGAGAGUAGGUGGACCAGCAACUGCUGGAUCUGGAUGGAUUCAAGAUUUUGUGAAUUUUGUUCGUUCCAAUAAUAUUCCAAAUGAUUUUGUCUCAACUCAUGAAUAUCCAACAGAUAUAGAACCAUUGGCAACGGAUACAUUGAUUAAGGUUGCAAAACAAAGUAGAAGCAUUGUUGGAUCAAACACUCCUCUUUUUUAUACAGAGUGGAAUGCUGGCCUUGGCGAUCUUGGAAGUGGCACCUAUUUCUAUCAAGACACAAGCUAUCCAGCUGCUCUUAUUACAAGGACACUAUUUUCAUUGCACAAUGUGGUCGAUGUUUAUUCUUAUUGGACAUUCAGUGAUCUUUUUGAGGAGCAUGGCCAAUAUUCAGAAGUAUUCCAAGAAGGAUUUGGUAUGAUGACUAUUUACUCCAUUAGGAAGCCUGUUUGGAGAGCAUUUCAAUUAAUGGCCAAGUCAGGAGAGGAAUUAUAUAAUGCCACGACUGAUACAGCAGCGAGUACUGUGAAUGUGUAUACCACACUUAAUCGCGACACUCGUGAGGUUAUGAUCUUUGCAUCAAACUAUCAAGUGCCUUCACAGCCUGGAAGUAGCUACGUGGUCUCAAUCAAAGUCAACACACAGUUACAUUUCAAGAAUUGUGUUCAAAGCAUUAUUGAUGAAACACAUUCCAAUGCUUUCACUAGGUGGCAUCAAAUUGGUUCUCCCACUUAUCCAACAGAGGCUCAAAUCAAAGAUCUUAACGAAGCAUCACUAUUAUUUACUCAGCCUAUCACUCCUAAAGAUGAUACUUUGUUUGUGAUGCAAAUGGAGAAUCCUUCUUUGCAUGUCAUUACCUGCAAUGUUUAA